AUGAGCAAGCUCACACUCCCUGGACCCCAGCACGCGCACCCUCUCUCCAACGGCGAACCGCCGCGGCCUGUUUCCGCACAGCCCGCAAUCCCCUCCGCUCCCGAUCCUCCCGCCGACUCCACCAAUGCGCCGUUCGCGAAGGAUCCUGCACUACAUCAUGCGGAAUUGAAGCCUCUGCCCCUCGUGGGCGCUAAUCACGCUCACAACCAUGUCCACCGGCAGGCUAUCGGAAAGGACGGCGUGGGCGCUGCCCUGAGCGACACGCCCGCGCCGUCCCAGCCAGGCAGCCCGCGCAUGACUGACCAGUGCAGACACGCCAUGAGGAACAAUUCGGCCGCCUCGACGCCUCGAAUACGCCCGACCACCCUCGACAUUCCCGGCUUGACCAAGUCGAAAGUCUCUCCCGAUGGCAAGAUCGCGCAGCGCGACGUGGGCUCCAAGCUUGUCAUCAUCAUGGUGGGCCUGCCGGCGCGGGGCAAGAGCUACAUCACGAAGAAAAUGACCAGAUACCUCAAUUGGCUGCAGCAUGACACCAAGAUUUUCAACGUGGGCGAGAAGCGUCGGGUGGCUGCCAGCGGCCACGGAUUCCGAAUGUCGUCGUCGAGCCUCGAAAAGGUGCCUUCUGGCGUGGCGCGCGCCCUGGAGCAGAACGAAGCGACGCUCCCACAGAUAGCAGCGAAAAUUCUGAUCAAUGGCGAGUCUCCGGCAAAUUCGCUCUCGCCGCUAAAUUUGCCAAGUCCCGCCCGCGAGCACCAUGAGACGGCGGUGGAGGAGGAGCCUCCUCCCCGUGUGGAAGUGAAUUCCCCCGGCCCCGAGGCGCCCACGCCCGCAAACGAAGAAAAUCAAGAUUCAACAAUGGACCAGUCGGCGAGCUUCUUCGAUCCGUCAAAUAAGAGGGCAGCCCAAAUACGCGAACAAUGCGCCAUGGAAACGUUGGACGAGCUCCUGGACUGGGUUUUGAAGGGAAACGGCUCCGUCGGGAUCUUCGAUGCCACGAAUAGCACUCUGGCCCGCAGAAAGCAGAUCAUGGAGAGGAUACGCCAACGAGCAGGACCCGAGCUGAAUGUACUCUUUGUUGAGUCUGUCUGCAAGGAUCAGAAUCUGCUUGAGUCCAAUAUGCGCCUGAAGCUCUCUGGACCCGAUUACCAGGACAAGGAUCCCAUCGCCGCAUUAGAAGAUUUCAAGAAGCGUGUCGCCAUUUACGAGAAGAACUACGUUCCCCUUGGCGACUACGAGGAGGAGCACAACAUGUCGUAUGUCAGCAUGAUUGAUGUGGGCCGAAAGAUGAUUUCACAUCAAGUCCGUGGUUUCCUCGCCGGUCAGGCGGUGUAUUACCUUCUCAACUUCAAUCUCGCCCCCCGCAUGAUCUGGGUCACACGACACGGCGAGUCAAUGGAUAAUGUCGCAGGAAGGAUUGGUGGAGAUUCCGACUUGAGCGAGAGCGGCCGUAAAUACGCCCAGGCAAUGUCCCGCUUUAUUGACGGCCAACGCAAGGCUUGGGCCGUCCAUCAGGCUGACAAGAUUGCCAACACUCACUUCCCGCCCGUCCCCGGUGAUCACACGCCACCGAAUCCCUACUAUGGCAACGAAGGAGAGCAAAAGAACUUCUGCGUUUGGACUUCCAUGCUGAAACGCAGUGUCCAGUCAGCCCAAUACUUCUGCGACGAAGAUUACGACGUCAAACAGAUGCGCAUGCUUGACGAGCUGAAUGCGGGUUACAUGGAGGGCAUGACGUACCAUGAAAUCAAGACCAAGUUCAGCGAGGAAUAUGAGCGACGAAAGACCGACAAGCUCGCCUACCGCUACCCAGGCCCCGGAGGAGAAGGCUAUCUGGACGUCAUCAACCGCAUCCGCCCUGUCAUUUUCGAGCUCGAGCGUAUGACCGACCACUGCCUGCUCGUCACUCAUCGCUCGGUUGCGCGCGUUCUUCUCGCGUACUUCCAAGGCCUGAAUCGCGAGGACGUUGCGGACCUAGAUUGUCCUCUGGGGAUGCUCUAUCAGCUCGAGCCCAAGCCGUAUGGUGUUGAGUUCAAGGCCUGGCGGUAUAACGCAGAGUCCGAUGACUUUGAAUGCCUGCCGGACUACAAGCUCCGCAGGGCGCCCCCUCACCACUAA